AUGCCCAAACGAUCGACGUCUCCACUACCUGGUGAUAAGCCAUAUCCAAGCACCGAAUGGGACAAGGACAAGAAAUACACAAUCGAACACAUCCGGUACGCGGUCAUCCAAGGCAGAGGAUUUGAGAAGCAAUGGAAGUACUGCGUCAAGUGGUGGAACUGGCCAGACGAAUACAAUACUCUCGAAACCGAAGAUACUUUCGAAGGCUAUACUGCCAUCGUUCUCAAGAAAUUUUGGCGUCACACGCCAAAUAAAUGGAAACCAUCUCCACGCCUCUGGGGUGCAGGAUAUAGGAUCUAUGCGUCCCCAUUAUAUCUUAGCAGGACGACCGAGAGGUUGCGAAGCCUGUACGCUGGCGAAGAAUUUGAAGAUUCCGACGACGGAAACGAGUACACGCUCGACUACGAUAGCGACAUGGAGAUGGACCCGACGAACGGGUAUUCCGGAGACAACGGCGAUCGACCUCCACCAUCCGAUGAUGAACCCCCUCGCUCAAACUCAAACUCAAUGAGUGAGCGCAUCACGCCAGAGUACAUCCGCGAUCCGACCUCUCAACCUCUCUUCCUCACCCCGUCCAAGGCGACCACGAAUGAGCGGGCCUCAGACAAGACAUCGGAAACGACCUCGACGCCAGCAUUUUCCGACAAGCAAACGUUGAGGCGCACGAUGAAUUCGACAUCCGUCAAACGGAUAGGUCGAAAGAGUCAGAGUGGGUCCAACGCACGGGGGUUAGGUGAAUACGUACCCGAGACUCGGGCUGGAGGGCGAAUGCAAGGAACGUCUGGUCGCAGUCUCGGAGCCAGUUCGACCGUGUACUCGUUACGAAACGCCGAGAGUGCAGCCAUUCGGAUGAACGUGGGUUCCAGCGCGGGCGCACAGAGACGCAAGAUGAAAUUUGUCAAUGCCUAUGCGGUCGAAUCCAUCGUCAAUGGUCAAGUGCCAGAGGAUUACUACCAUCCACCCGAAUCGCAUACACGGGAUACCCUCAUGGAUGUCGUCCCAGGCUCUCCUGGACAGGAUGGGAACCAGCGGUUCCUCGACUUUCAGCGGGAAGAGCGAAUCAAUGACACGUUUUAUCCACAUUGA